CGUCUGUGGCGUAACGAAACUUUCGAUUUUCUUCAUUAUUGAUAUUUUAGAAAAUAUGAUACAAAGUUCUAAAGACUUCUAAAUGUCUGAAUCUAUGGAUACUUCUGAACCUUCUAAAGAGAAUACUACUACACAAAAUAGUACAUCUGUUCAAACUAACGUCACAGAUAAAAAACCAAUAUGUAUCAUUGUUCUUGGAAUGGCUGGAUCUGGCAAAACCACAUUUGUACAACAACUUGUUUCAGUGUUAUAUAAUACUACAGGAAAAGCAUAUGUUAUAAAUUUGGAUCCUGCGUGUAAAGAAGUCCCAUAUCCUGCUAAUAUAGAUAUUAGAGAUACUGUCAAUUACAAGGAAGUGAUGAAACAAUAUAGUUUAGGACCAAAUGGUGGUAUUGUUACUGCUUUAAAUCUUUUUUCUACAAAAUUUGAUCAAGUUAUAGACCUUAUUGGUAAAGUUGGCAAAGAGUAUGAAUAUGUAAUUUUGGACACUCCUGGACAAAUAGAAGUUUUUACAUGGUCUGCAAGUGGAACAAUUAUAACGGAAGCUUUGGCAUCUCAAUUUCCAACAGUUGUAGUAUAUAUAUUAGAUACUGUAAGAAGUGUUAAUCCUGUGACAUUUAUGUCUAACAUGCUUUAUGCAUGUUCUAUACUUUAUAAAACCAAACUACCAUUUAUUGUUGCUAUGAAUAAGAUUGACAUUGUCGAACAUAGUUAUGCAGUAGACUGGAUGCAAGAUUUUGAAACAUUCCAAGAAGCUUUGGAUUCAGAAACAAGUUAUAUUAGUAAUUUAACACGUAGCAUGGCUCUCACACUUGAUGAAUUUUAUUGUCAUUUACAUAGUUGUGGUGUUUCUGCUGCAACAGGAGCUGGUAUUACUAAGUUUCUUGAACUUGUUAAAAAUGCUGCAGAAGAGUAUGAAAGGGAUUAUAAGAAAGAAUGGGAGAGAAUGAAGAUUAAACGAAAUGCUCAAAGACAGAAAACAGACAAGGAACAACUUGAGAAAGCAGCUCAAGAAAUCAGUGGAGAAAAUGUAUCAUUAAUAACAACUAUUAAUAGUGGAAGAGAAAUUUCAGAUAUAUUUUUAAAAAAUUCUGGUGAUGAAUCAAGUGAGGAUGAAGAAGGUACAGAAAAUCCAUACAAAGAAGAAAAUGAUGAAGAAGAAAUGAAAGAAGCAGAGUCUUUUAAAAACUUUUUAGACAGACAUAAAAUGAAGCAAAAUAAGCAUACAUCUAAUCAACCCACAACAAGUAGUAAUACAUAG